AUGGGUCCAUCUCGGAUCCUCCAUCUCAUGAAUCCUCUCCGUCAUGAAUUCAUCGCAUCUUGUCUAGCAGAGGGGCCACCCCCAGCUGUGCUAGAAGCCUCAUCCCCGAACUCCGCAAACCUCCAUUACCUCGAUAUCGGCUGCGGCGGUGGUAUUUUUGCCGAGUCUCUCGCUCGAACCAUCCCUCUCGACCCUUCAGCGCCCGCCCCAACGCCUUCCCGCGCUGCGUCGAUGACUGCCAUUGACCCCACCACAACCCUGAUCCAGAUCGCCAAGGAACAUGCACGCAUGGACCCGACUGUCGAUGCGCAUCUCCGCAGCGGCCGCUUUCGCUAUCUGAACACCACACUAGAAGACGUAUUAGCUUCUCCUACAGCACCCGAGUCUCAAAGUACGCAACCCACGGCGGCGCAAGCGCAGCACCCACAGUUCGACGUGGUCACCUUGUUCGAGGUCAUCGAACAUAUCGAUCCGAAUACGACUACCCCACAGGCUUUCCUAGCAAACUGUCUGCGCGCUUUAAAGCCAGGUGGCUGGCUCGUUGGCUCCACUAUCUCUCGUACCUUCCCUUCUUUCAUUCUUAACCAAGUCAUUGCAGAGGCCCCCUGGCCCAUUGGGGUUGUCCCGCGGGGAACGCACGAAUGGCGCAAGUUCGUAAAUCCUCCCGAGCUACAUGCCUGGGCUCAAGAAGGAUUAAUGCGUGCUGCUGACUCUGCUGCUACACGGGGGUGGCCCUUCCCUGCUGGACGGGAUGAAGUGGAAAUGUGUUGGAGCUGUCUAUGUGCCCGGUCUCGGGUGGAAGAUGGUGCCGGGCUCCGAAAAUUGGGGCAAUUACUUCUGGGCUGUGAAGAAGGGCAUUUGAACUAUCAUGUCGCGUUUGUCGCGUUUGGCCUGUAA